CCCCCGCGGGGUGCCGAUCUUAAGCGCCCCGGCCGGACUUCAUUGGCCUGCGGCGCCGCCACUCGGGAAGACGUGCCUCAACCCGGAAGUGCGAGAGGCAAAAUCUGCCUAGCAACCGGGGAAGCCGGGCUGCGAAGCGGGCAAUUUCAGUGUGAGAAGGAGCCGCGGUGAGUGAGACGGAGCGUCGGCUCCGAGCGCGCCGCGGCAGCUCCUUCCGCCCGGGGUCAGCGCCCCGGCGCGCGCACGCGCACCCUCGCUGCCUGAGCGCGCCCCGCGCCGCCCGCGCAGUCGGUCCGUCGGUCGUCCGUCGUCCUGUCGCCACCGCCGCCCCAGGCGCCACCCGAGGGAGCCGUCGCCGUGGGACGCCACCGGACCGGACCCGAGCGCUCUGCCUGCGGUUGGCCCGGGGCCCAGCUGCCGAUCGCGCGGAGCCGAGCAACUUCGGUUGGCCAGCACAUUGAGCCAGCACAUCCACAUAAGUUGCCUUUUGACAGAGCUGUGGCCAUGGCAGCAUGGUAGGAUCCGUGUCCCGGACCCUGAGGCCAGAAUGAGUGAAGAAGCAUGCCGAACCCGCAGUCAGAAGCGAGCCCUUGAACCUGACCUAACAGAGGAUGAUGUGGAGAACAAGAAAAUGAAAAUGGAGAGAGGACCAUCAGAGCUGACAGUGGACGGAGACAGCAGGGUGAUGCCAGAGCCGAGUGCAGGCUCAGCCCAGGGGUUGCCAAGGACAACAGAGGCCAUGGGCACAGGAUCUGAUGAGGGGCUGUUAGGAGACGGGCCUGUGGACAUGCGUACCUCACACAGUGACAUGAAGUCUGAGAAGAGACCUCCCUCGCCUGAUGUGAUUGUGCUCUCUGACAGUGAGCAGCCAUCAAGCCCAAGGGUGAAUGGCCUGAGCACAGUGGCCUUGAAAGACACCAGCACUGAGGCGCUCUUGAAAAGCAGCCCAGAAGAGAGAGAGCGGAUGAUCAAGCAGCUAAAGGAGGAGUUGAGGCUAGAGGAAGCAAAACUGGUCUUGUUGAAGAAGCUGCGACAGAGUCAAAUACAGAAGGAAGCCACUGCGCAGAAGCCUACAGCUUCCUCAGGGAGCACUGUGACCACCCCUCCCCCACUCGUGCGGGGUACCCAGAACAUUCCUGCUGGCAAGACAUCACUUCAGACCUCCUCCACUCGAAUACCAGGCAGCAUCAUCCCACCACCACUGGUCCGAGGUGGGCAGCAGGUGUCUGCCAAACUGGGACCACAGGCCAGCUCUCAAGUAGUCAUGCCACCACUUGUCAGGGGGGCCCAGCAGAUUCACAACAUCAGGCAGCAUUCUUCUACAGGGCCACCACCCCUUCUCCUGGCCCCCCGUGCCUCAGUACCCAGCAUGCAGAUUCAGGGACAGAGGAUCAUCCAGCAGGGACUUAUCCGUGUCGCCAAUGUCCCCAACACCAGUCUGCUCGUCAACAUCCCUCAGCCUACCGCAGCCUCCCUAAAGGGAACAACAGUUGCCUCUGCUCAGGCAAACUCCACUUCCACCAGUGUGGCUUCUGUGGUUUCAUCUGCUGAGUCUCCAGCUAGUCGACAGGCUGCUGCCAAGCUAGCACUGCGCAAGCAGCUGGAGAAAACACUGCUGGAAAUCCCCCCACCCAAACCCCCUGCUCCAGAGAUGAACUUCUUGCCCAGUGCUGCCAAUAAUGAGUUCAUCUACCUGGUCGGCCUGGAGGAAGUGGUGCAGAACCUGCUGGAGACGCAAGCGGGCAGGAUUUCUGCCACUGCAGCUGCUGCCGUGUUCUCCCGGGAGCCAUACAUGUGCGUGCAGUGUAAGACAGACUUCACAUGCCGCUGGCGAGAGAAGGGUGGAGCUGUCAUGUGUGAGAACUGCAUGACAUCCAACCAAAAGAAGGCACUCAAGGUGGAGCACACCAGUCGCCUGAAGGCUGCCUUCGUGAAGGCCCUACAACAAGAGCAGGAGAUGGAGCAGCGACUGCUGCAGCAGGGCGUGGGUACCGCCAGCAUCAAGGCUGAGCCUGCAGCUCCACAUCCCACGCUGAAGCAGGUCAUAAAGCCCCGACGUAAGUUGGCGUUCCGCUCAGGAGAGGCCCGUGACUGGAAUAACGGGUCCCCACUACAGGCUUCCAGUCAGCUGUCCCGGGGCUCAGCCACAACACCUCGUGGUGUUCUGCACACUUUCAGCCAGUCACCCAAACUGCAGAAUGCAGCCUCAGCUACGGCCCUGGUUAGCAGGACUGGCAGACAUUCCGAGAGAGUAGUGGGCACCGGCAAGGGCACCGCCUCCAACUGGAAAAAGACGCCUCUGAGCACAGGUGGGACCCUUGCGUUUGUCAGCCCAAGCUUGGCAGUACACAAGACCUCCUCGGCUGUGGACCGACAGCGAGAAUACCUCCUGGACAUGAUUCCUCCACGCUCCAUCCCCCAAUCAGCCACAUGGAAAUAGUGGGAGCCGGCCCAGCCGAGGACAGGCCCUCUUCUCUCCCGAGGCCCUGGUCUAGGACACGCAGACUGCCCUCCUAGCAAGUUGCCUGAGACAGCUCAGGCCUUGGCUGUUGCCUUGCUGUGGCCAGGAGAGUGUGCCACCACGGUGCCCAGGAUCAGAACCAGGGACCUUCCCAAUGGGCCUUCUCUUUCCUUUUUGCCUUUAGUUUGCCCGACACCAGCAGAAACUCGGACCUUGGGGCCAGCUCUGCCUGGCCAGUGUGGGUGGGAGCUUACCCUGGACACUGUGACACACCCGGACCAGGCUGGCACCGGGGGCUCCCGAAGUUGAGCCGGGGCUUGUUUUCUUUUGGCUUUUCCCAUCUUAGCUCCCCAGUCUCUGCCUCUUCAUGGCCAUCUAUAGGUUGAAGUUUGGGUUUUAUUGGGGUUAUUUUUGUUUUUGUUGUUUUUUUAUAAUCACCUCAUAAUGAUGAUGGAAUUAAAAGUGAACUGCAUAGACCCAGAGUCACUGUUGUACACAGUGCAGUCUGGCAGGCUCUAACCCCAGAGGAUGCUCAGAGUGGCAGCACCAGAGAUGGCAGGUGCCACCCUGGCUCUAGUCGUCGUCUGUUGCUGCUCACUGUAGCCCCUGGCUUCCACACUUAGCAGAAUGAAUCGCAGCCCAGAUUCUGUCUGACAUCCAGAGGCUCCAGAGGGAUGCUGGGUCCACUGUGCUGGAGCCAGGGCUGAUUGCUGGGUUACUUUUUGUGGUUUAUUUUAUUAAAAAUUUCUGUCCUUUUUCUCUUUUCAUGGACACAAUCUCAAGAUGCCCAUGCCUGCUAAGAGACAUCCAGGUAGGGCCCAGCCAGAACCCAUAGGUCUGGAGUCAGCAGGGCUUACUCCCUCUCAAUCCACAGGGACGACUGAAAGGGCCAAGUCUACUUUUGUUCUGUUUUGUUUCCUUCUCCUCCCCACCCCACCCCACCCUCCCCACUCUUUUAACAAUUGGUUCCAUGGUGAAAGGCAGAAGCAGCUGUGUGUCCAGCACGCACGGGGUGGCCUUCUGCUCAUGUGAUUGGUCGCCGUCGUUUCCCUCAUCUAGCCCUGGUUUCCCUUGACACAAUACAGUUAGGGACUUUAAUUUAAACCCUUGUUCUGCAGACAACCGCCCUCUGCAGACUCGCCCCUGCCUCCUCCUAAUAAAGGCUCAUUUAACUCCGUGCUCACCUGUGUGGUAAUCCUCCAUCUUUAGAAAUCAUUUGGACAUGUGGAAGUUGUGAGUUUUGGAAAACACUUUUGUUGUGAUACCCAAGUUGCUCAGUGCUUUUGAGUAUGUCACUUCCCAGGGUGGAUUUGGGGGAAUUACCAGAAAUUGACUUUUUUAAAAGGGGGGUUUUUACACCAAAAAAAAUAUGAAAAUAUAUGCAAGCAUUUUUAGUCCUUGAGUAUUUUUGUGCCUGGCAAGUCAGUUCCUGUUAUCUACCCUUCCUGAGUGGCUGGGUCUCUGGACAGUGACAUAGGCCAAAGUCUUCUGGCUCCUUGGAACAGCAGCACUAGGUGGCCUCUCUCAGCUAGAAGUCCCCACUCCUAUGUAGUCACUGAUCAGACCAAGCCACCUGGAACUGGAUGAAGACCUCCACUUGAGUUGACGGUAUGACCAAGAGGGCUCUGUUGUCCUGGUGGAUUUGUGACCUCUCUGCCCCUCCACACUUCCAAGUCUGGUGACUUCACCCAUCCACCUGUCAUCUAACCCUUGUGGGCCCAGUUUAUGCACCUCACAAGGGACAGAACUCCUGGCUGUGGAUGACAAGCUGUGGUGAAGGUCUCUCUAAGGAGGGCUAGAGUGAGGUGCCUUAGCUUACUUACCUUACUUGAAAGUGCUGCCUGUUCCUCUGCACCACACUAGCCUAAGCAGCAAGCCCACAAGAUGAUAUGACUGGGGACUGAAGGACCAGGUAUUUAGGGUACAAAGCUGCCACCCCCACCAAAGCUGGCUUUAUCCCUAUCCUGAAUGGACUGAAUCCUGGGCUCCUUGAAACCCCCUAGAGAUAGAUUAGCCUCUGCUUCAUGAGUGCUGGGAUUAAUGGCUUGCACCUCCACACCUAGCUUAAACAUUUAAAAAAAAAAUUAAAUGUGGUUGGCGUGGUAACUUUUCUGUUUAUACUUGGGAGGUGAAGAUGGAGGUGAUGGUUCCUACUUCAUUGAUUUCCCAGAGGCAAACACAAACAUCAGUGGCUCUGGUCAAGGUUACAGGCAACUCCCAUUUCUUCUACUUAUUGCUGGGGACAGGUUUGAAGGGACCAAGCAUAAGACAUCUGUAUCUGUUGAACCAGACCUUUGCCAGACGUGUGACCUAGGGUUGUUGGGACAGUGGUCCUGUGAACAGCCUCCAGACCUGACUGCCCUCUUCCCAUCACCUCAGGGAAGCCAAAGCCUGCCCCAGGCGGUAGUGAGGGUUGUAAGUGCUGGCUGUAACACACCUCCAUGCCACUGAGUCUCAGCAUGAAUGCUGUUUAGGGGAAGGGUGGUCCUCGCCAUUCUGAAUCAUGUCAACCUGAAGACCUUGGAUUGCUUCCAAAAAGUGGUCAGUUUUUUAAUACUCAAUGUGUAACAGUUACACUAGUGCAGGGUAUGGGGAUUGGGGCAGUUGCCACUUGUAUUUAUUGUGACUGAACCUUUGACAAUACAUGUUUUUUAAAAGUGUGCCACCAAAUUGGAGUAGAUGUUCCAAUAAAUGAGCUGAAAUUGGUAGCCACUGUUUCAUGGGGAAAUCUGAAACCCUGAGGGACAAUAAAGAAA